AUGAAGAUUUAUCAUGCGUCAUGGCUUUCAUUUGCCGUGGUAUUACUUGCCUCAAAUGUACAAGCUGCAAAUCCAUUAGCUGAUAGUCCCUUAAUGCACCCACCUGGCGAUCCUCUGGAUGGACCCUAUGUCGCUCCGACAGAGCCAAAGUAUAAUUAUGCCGAGGUACUGCACAAGAGUUACUUGUUCUAUCAUGCUCAAAAGUCAGGUGUGCUCCCAUACCAACGUAUGGCCUGGAGAUCAGAUUCGUGCAAAGUCUGUGUUGGUGAUUUUGGUGAAGAUCUGUCUCGCGGUUGGUACGAGGCUGCCAACACCAUGAAAUGGGGUUUACCUUUGGGCUGGACUGUCACUCAAUUAGCAUUCAAUAUCAUGAUGUUUGAAGAUGCAAUGAAUUCAGUGGACGAAUUGGCUGAAGGCCUUGAACUACUCAAGUGGGGAGCAGAUUUUAUCACCAAUGCACAUUACAAUGACACCUACAUUGUGGGUCAGUUGGGUACAUCUGCUAUUGGGCCCAUCUCCAAGCAAGUCGAGCUGGAUGUUGAUUUCAACUAUUGGGGUCCUCCUGAAGAAUACGAGCAAUGGGUGCCUACCGGCCUUCCUCACAAGGCAUACUACAUUUCUCCUGAUAACCCAUCAUCCGAAAUUAUUGGUGAAUACAGUGCUGCUUUGGCUGCUAUUUCAAUUCCUUGGAGAAAGCACAAUGCUGCCUAUGCUGAUAAACUUGUGGACCACGCCAAACGUCUGUACAAGUUUGCUACUGAUCAUCCUGGUAGUUAUGUCACUUCCCGUCAAAACGCUUUCCAAUGGGCUGCUUUCUGGUAUCCCUCUACUCGCUAUGAAGAUGAGUUGGCUUGGAGUGCUGCCUGGUUGUAUGCUGCUACCAAAGAAGACUUCUACUUGGAAGAGGCCAAGAAAUGGUAUACUCAAUCCUCAGAAUCCUGGCCCGAGUACUCCUGGGAUGAAAAGGGUGGCGCUCUUCACGUCCUGCUUUACGUUAUUACCAAGGAAGGUCAAUUUUACAAGAACGCGAUGGACUACUUUAACCAGUUCUUGCCUGGAAGCCCUACCCAAAUUGUCAAAUUCACGCCACGUGGCCUUGCUUACAUUGAGCAUUGGGGUUCUGUUGGUUAUUCGGGCAAUGUCGCCUUCUUGAUGCUGGCGUUUGCUAAAUCCAUUGGCUAUGAAACAGACGAAGCCAAAGCCAUGGCCACGUUUGCUACUCAACAGAUCAACUAUGCAUUGGGUGAUUACGGCUAUAGUUGGGUUGUUGGUUUCGGUGACAACUAUCCUUCCAAGCCCUACCACAAGUCCUCUUACAACUCAUACAUUGACUAUCCUAUGCGUGGUGAUUUCCAAGACAAGGUCGAAGGCGACUUUUCGGAUUCCAAAACCGAGCAACGCUUCAUUCUGUACGGCGCUGUGGAAGGUGGACCCAACAUCGAUGAUACCUGGUACGAUGAUCGUUCCAACUAUGAAUACUCCGAGGUGACUCAGGAUUACAAUGCUGCUUGGACUGGUGCCAUUGCUGGUUUAAUCGAUUUCUACGGCUCUGAUAAGUUUGAACCUUAUACUGACUGUGAUUUGGAUUUGGGUUGGUCUCAUCCCAAUGCUUCAGAGCCUCCUGCUUGGCCAGAGGAUGAUUGCUACCAUACAUGCAAUACCGGUUGCCCACGUGGUCAAAUGAACUCUUCUUUCACUUGGAAACUGCUGACAGAACCCCAGGAUCAGAUACAUAAGCUGUUGGAUGUGCUUUAUCCAGGUCAAGGCAUGGUGAAAGCUGCUGCCCUUGAAGGAAAAACGUUGGCGGAUUUAAAGGCAUUGGGUAUCGAUGUCAACGAAAACCAAGAUGAAGAGGGUGUGCAUGAAGACAGUGUGGGAGGCAAGGUCAGAGCUACUGGUUUGGAUAAAUCCAAUAAUGCAUCUGACGCAGCCAAGACCACGACGCUCACCUUGUUUUCAUUUGUGGCCAUGGCCAUGGCUGCAUAUGCUAUCCAUCUUUAA